GGAAGCAUCAUGUCGCCAUACUGGUACGCUCUUCGGCUCAUCCAGGCCUUUGAGGAUCGAAUCAUCGAUACUAUUCUCCGCCAGCCGGGCUUCCAUAGAGCUGUCGGCCGCAUCCAUCGCGCUAUCAACGAGAAGCAGCAUGGCCGGAAUCCGCACGAGCCGCUCGCACCGGGAGAAGCGACGGCGGAUCCGAAUCCGGGAAAUCGAGCUGAUGGAUUUUUCAAGCACUUCAUCGGCGAGCUGAAGAAUCAGGCUCGUGGAAAGCCAACCGAUAUUUCUACUAAGCCGCGUACGAAGUGAAACGAUCCUAGCCUUGAGCUCGAAGCGAAAUCCCUACUUAUUCCCGCCGCGGCUGCGAUGAUGUUGCGUCACGGACGAAGAAGGCGGCGACUUGCACUCGCAAAGGGCAUAGCUAUGCGCCGAAUAUCUUGCAUACGUACAUUGCCGGCCGAAUACCGAAAAGAAACGCCGCACCUCGACCAUCACCACUCUGAGCAUCAAGCGCAUCGAAUGGGCAUUGUAAGCCCUUUCCUUGAGAUGGAUGUAACUCAUUGGGUUCACACGAUGCUUAAUCAUUGCAUGCGCAUCAUG